ACCAAUUCGUUUACGGAUGAGUCAACUGGUGGCGCGUCUGAUAUUUAUCGACGAGCCAGUGAAUUGGAGCUGUAUGCGGACGAAAGGUUGCGUCAAAUGAUCGAAACAUCUGAAAAGAAGAAGAAAAAGAGACUGACGUUGAAUUGCUGUCAGAACACUUUGGUUGGUGCUGACAGUUGA